UUUGUGCUGUAUUGUCGGUCGAUAAUAUCAUCGUUCUUUAAUUAUCUCCCGACUGAUUUGACAACCACGAAAUUUUGCUUCUCCCACCAGUCACGCGGUGACAAAUCAAAAUACAGGCCUGUUUUUUUUUAUAAGCAAACUAUAGUGUAUAUUUUUCUGUAUUUAAAAUGAAAUAGGUUAUGUGUUUUGAAAAUUGAAUAAAAGCGAGAAGAAAAAUUUUUUUUUUGUAAUGCAAUCCAAUGCAAUCUAGUGCAAUCCAGUGCAAUAAUAAAAGAAAAAGAACUCGAUGAUUCGACUAGCCGAGUUAAUUAUUAAACAUUGUAAAAUCUCGCGUACCAGCGUAAUUGGAUUCGCCCGUCGAUCGAAUUGAUCCACGUCAAUCCCAGUCAAUCCACGUCAAAGUAAAACGAUCGAUAAGCACGGGGGCAAGGCGGCAAGCGCGUCAUCGUCACUGCUUAGCGCAGCAAGCCAAGCAAGCUGCAGACAGUGCAGACCGCAGUCCCAUCGAGAUUAUUUAUUCAUUUAUUCACAGGGUGAAUUGCAGACAUUGCAGUAGUUGGAAAUCCACUAAAGAAGUUGGAAGUAAUUUAGGUCGUCCAAAGAUGAACGAUCUCGUUACAUCCGCGGCUGCGUUAGCGCAUUAGAAGGUCCGCGGAGUGCGGACUCGCGACUCGCGCACGUGCGUGUGUGUGCGUACGUGCGUAAAUAGAGAUCAUAUGAUCGUCCGAGAGAGCAGACAGAGCAGACAGAGCAGUCGGAUCAGGUCAAUUCAGGCCAAUUCGCUCAGUUGAAAGGAGCGGGAUGCCGUCCCCGACGAACGAAUGCGAUCUGUGCGUCUGAGAAAGCGCAGCGAUCUUGUUCCGCUUUGCGUUUCCACGACCCGACGACCGUCGUCGUGUGUGUGUGGACGUACGAUACCACAUGAACGAACAAUCCGUUAUCUCUCCAUCGUCUGUCUCGCGUCCUCCGAUUUCACGCUGGAUGUAACUCUGACGCGUCAUGGCGAGCACAGCAUCGGAAAACAUCACUUGCGGUGGCUUCGUGUUUUUCAAUAACUUCGAUUCCGCAAAUCUGGCCAAGGUGGAACCAGUGAGGGUACCGGAGACUUUUGAGAAAGAUGUCUAUGAGAUUGAAGGUAAAUCGACCAAUACUUCAAAUUCCAAAGGCACAUUGGAUUCAACGUACGAAUUCAAUCUGUGGACAAAGCACGAUUGUCAUGGCACGCAAUUCCAAAACAAUCUCAGAACUUGGUUUUAUUUCGGUGUCCAGUCUAGUCGUCCGAGCGUCAUGGUCAGAUUUAACAUAGUCAAUUUAAAUAAGCAAGUCAAGAUGUUCAGUCAAGGGAUGUGCCCAGUCUUUAAGAUUGUGCCGGGACACUUGCACUGGGAGCGGAUUCGCGAGAGACCUACGUACACUCUUGAUCAGAGAGGGACCGAUUUUACUUUAUCAUUUCUCUAUACUGCUCCAGACAAUUUGAAAGCCAUUACUUACUUUGCCUUUACCUAUCCAUUCUCGUACACAGAUUUACAAAAUUAUUUGAAAAGGAUUGAUGUCAGAAUGGAAAAGAGAAGUAUAAUGUCUGCAGAUGACAUCUACUAUCAUAGAGAAUGUGCAAUAAAAUCUCUGGAGGAUCGUAGAUUAGAUAUAUUAACAAUUAGCUCUUAUCAUAACAUAUCAACGGAGAGAGAAGAUAGACUGAAUAAUAUGUUCCCUGAAAAAAAUGAGGAACGGCCUUACAAAUUUCGGGACAAGAAGGUAAUUUUUAUUAGCGCCAGGGUUCACCCAGGUGAAACACCAUCUAGCUUUGUUCUAAAUGGUUUCCUUAAUUUUUUACUAAAUCGGGAAGAUCAAAUUGCUAUAAAUUUACGUCGCCUAUAUGUGUUCAAAUUGAUACCGAUGCUCAACCCGGAUGGUGUUGCCAAAGGUCAUUAUCGAAUGGACACUAAAGGAAUAAAUUUAAAUAGAGUUUACCUGAAUCCUUCUAAAGAUCAUCCUACAAUAUAUGCCGCAACAAGCUUAAUAAAAUAUUAUCACGAAUCUUAUCAACUACCGAGCGAACUAACUGACGACCUAUCGAAUAUACAUUUAGAAAUUAUGGACAGCAAUGUAAGCACUAUAAAUUCGACUGCUUCGAUAGAAGACGCUGUACGUGACACAACCACAAGACUGUUGCAACAAGUAACAUUUAUGUCAUUGGAUGAGAAGAACAACUGUAUUUUGGAUAAUAACGAGAAACAUUUAAUGACAUUGGAACAUUUGGGUAGUGCAGCUAUUGAUGAAAGCGAGCGUCUAUUUAAAGAAAGUGCUAAAAGCGAUAACGUCACGGAAAUCAGAAAAAGUGACAAGCUAACUUCCACAGCUGUUGAUGUGGACGAGGUACCAAAAUCCUCGGAGAGUUCUGGGUUGUAUCUGUAUAUUGAUCUUCACGGUCAUGCUUCGAAGAAAGGCGUUUUCAUGUAUGGAAAUCAUUUUACUGACCCAGAAGAUACUAUUUCAUGUAUGUUGCUACCCAAGUUGAUGUCUAUCAAUAAUCCACACUUUCAUUUUACGUCAUGCAAUUUUGCGGAACGAAAUAUGUACAUUAUAGACAAACGAGACGGUAUGUCCAGAGAAGGUUCGGGACGCGUAGCAAUAUAUAAGAUGACUGGUUUAAUACGCAGCUAUACUCUAGAAUGCAAUUAUAAUUCUGGCCGUUUGGUGAAUGCGAUACCUGCUAGAAUUCGCGAUGGGGUGAAUAAAACUACGAAUCGUAGGUUUGUUCCUCCGAAAUAUACGCCAGCAGUAUUUGAAGCGGUUGGAGCAGCUUUAGGCCCUUCCAUUCUCGAUCUCACUGGGAACAAUCCCAAUAGCCGAUUGCCAAAUAGCCAAUAUCGCUCUAUAAGAGGAGUAAAAUCUCAUUUGAAACUUACAUAUGUGAACAAUCUUUCUGCGUCAUCCAGCAAGACAGUGCGUAAGAAUAACGAAAGUGACGUCGCGCAGACCAGUGGCAUCCUGAAGGAAUUAGAAACGAGAUUAAACGACGCAGUGACGGGUGCGAGGAAUGUCAUAAGAAACGAGAGCAACUUGAUGAAGAAGUGCAUCCUUCGCCGUGGCGCCUCUUUUUACACGGCGAUGAAGAGGGUCAAGAGCAGUAAGAAACCUCGGCAGCCGCUCGUGCGUCGCGCACUGAAGAAUUGUGCCAGCAACGUGGAGAACAGCGCGAUAAUCUGUGCAAUCAAAUCCGAUAUAGAGACAAAACCAUUUUUGAAGACUAUUGAUCGCUAUCGAUCGAACAAAUCUAAUGCAGGAUCAACGAUUAGCAAUGUCCUCGAGCCGCGUUUAAGCGCGAAUAAGAAGCCAAUGGUAACGAACAGUUCGACGAAGAUGCGCGUCUCCUCCGAAGAAACAGCGGCGGUGAGGCAUGGUGCGAAGAGAUUGAAAAUUAUCUCGUCCCUGAGGACAUCCAAGCCUCUUCCCGAGAUCGGAGAAUCGUCCUAUGUCGCGGAGGAGACCAGCACGAAAGUAUUUUCGAAGGUACCGCGUACUUGCGAUAAGCAGAGCGUUAAGGGAGCGUGUGACAGAGCCAGAAUCGCUGGAUAUUUAAAACCGAACGAGUCUUCCAGACUGAAAAAAAUUAACAAGACUGUCGUUAAGGAGAGUUCUGUACUUGAUGAAAGCACAAAGUAAAAUCCUAAAUGAGCUCAGCUAAAAUAUUAAAAAUGAGUUCGCAAGUUUUACUAUAUACAUAUGUAUAUAUAUAUAUAUAUAUAUAUAUAUAUAUAUAUAUAUAUAUAUAUAUAUAUUAAAAAUGAGUUACUAAUGCAAGGGACACGGGAAAACAACGCCAUUGAUUUCCUGUAUCUCUUUUCGGAGAGAUAUUUUAUAUACGUAGUAUAUGCAGAAUGUCCAAUAAAUUGUGAUAUAAUCGACGAGAAGAUGAAUAAAAGUGAACAUAAAGAUUUACAUGGCACAUUUGACACAUCUUGCAUAUAAUAUGUGAAAUAUUAAUAUUAAAUUAUAUCUUCUAUUUAUUUCGUGAUAUACAACGUGAUAUGUGAUAUACCGUGUAUUCUAUCGUAUACACUGUUUCUGAUUUUUUGCGAAGUGAUACAUUGCCUCUUUGAUCAAGAGGCAAAAACUUAAGUCAUAAAAUAAUAAUGUAUAUAUUACAUUACUGUACAUAUAUAUUAUUGCAUGUUAGGUGCAUAUAUAAAAUACCGUUCAGUUUUUGAUUAUAUGACGAUAUUUAUUAUUUAUAUACGUAGAAUUUUUCAAUCUGUGCGAUUAAUAUGCGAUUUAUUUUUGAAACUUGUGGUCGAUUCAAAAGUGUUUUUAGCUAAAGUUAUUUGUAUUCUAAGAACAGCAACCUUUUACCAAAACUAUAAUACAUGCAACUAUGAGAUUGCUUUCCAUAAAUCUACAACUCUUUUUUCUAAUUGAAAUAUAUUUCUCAUUAAACUAUAUUUUUUGGAUAAAAGUUUCAAAGAUAAUUCCAUUUCUACUAAUGUAACUGUAAGAAAAAAGUUGUUAACUUUUCAAUUUGAUUAAAUUUCUUUAGUUACUAUUUAUAUAUUUAACUAGAUAAAUACUUGAACUAAAGAAAUUUAUGUUGAAAAAUUUAAGUCAAAUCAAGAACUUUUUUUUCUCAGUGCAGAUUAACUUUAAUAGAUCUCGAUUUAACUUAAAGUGUAAGUUAAAUCGAGAUCUAUUAAUCUACAUUGGUAGAAAUGGACACACAUACAAAUAGAGGGAUAAUCAUUCUGUAAAUUAGUAUUCUGUUAUUUAAUUAAAUUAGUAAAUUAGUAUUCUGUUAUUUAAUUAAAUUAGUAAAUUAGUAUUUGAAUAUAUAACUGUUGUGUUUUUGGUGUCUUAUCUCAUGAUUCUUCGCACACAUGUAUGAAGUAGAAGUUGUUAUGUUAUUUAUGAACAAAAUUUCUUUGUUGGAAAAAUAAAAGAUAAUAAUGUAUACUAAGAUAAA